AUGGAUGAGAAAUUGGCAGCCGAACGAAUGGAAUAUCAAAAGCUGGCGCUACAGAGUCUCAGUGACAGGAAGAAGCCAAUUUAUGGAUGUGAUAAUCAUCGAGUUAUCUCUUACAUUUUGGAUCGACUUCGAACUCGUGCUGCUUCACUAAACUGUGAUUAUGAAGCAGCAGUACACAGUCAGGAAAUGAAAGGUCUGUUCGCAGAUGCUCUGACUGUCAUGACGAAGAAGACCACGCUCCAUAUAGGUGAUGUGCCGAAGAUCAUUCUGCCGAACGAACGACGUCGUUUCAUGUUUUCUCGUUCAAUAGAUGAAAUCUCGAAACAUUUUCCAGCAAAACAACCAUGCAAAUAUCGGAUUGAAUCGGAUGAAUUGGCAUUGCAUUUGGCAAACAGACACGGCGUACGAGUGGUGAUGUGUGCGAGUAGUGUAAUGAAAAUCCUAUCAAAUCCAUGGGUUGGCGACUCGCCAAAUUAUGUCAUACCGGUGGUGGUAAAAUGCCAUUUUAGCGAAAGAACCAAUCGUUUCGAGAAUACUUGUUUGGUUGGUAAACCAUGUGUGGAGAAGGCAAUCAAUGGCCCCUCAGCAUGGCGAAGAUUCGUAAAAUUUUCGAUCAAAUUAGCACUGUAUGACAACAAACCGGCAAAAAAAACUGGUGGCCGACAGCGGGCAAGUUUUACGAAAUCCUGGGCAAAAACAACUGAUGGUAGCAGUGAAAUGAAGGAUGGCGCAGAAACACCCAGGACUAGUGCUGCUUGUGAUGAUGAAGAUGACAGAGGCACUCUGCUUAUUGCCGAGGAAGAAGAGGAGGAAAAACCAGCAGCGCCUGAAUCAGCCAGCAUGAACAAGAAGAAGGCUGAUGGUGCACGAAAUGCAAAGCCAGAUGCCGCUACACCUUCCGGGACGACAACCUCUACCUCUUUCUGUGAUGAUAUUUUGGGCGAUAUAAUGAACGAAAUGAACUACAGUAACCGAAGUGAUUGGUCGAAUGAUUAUGGAGGACUGGUGGAGGAGGGCGGGUUUUCCCGAUUCGAGGGUGCUGAUCUCAGCAAGCGCUAUGCGUUGUUUUCACUUGGACAUGAUGGAACUCAGGAUGUUGAUUUGCUGAUACGUGGUAACAUCGAUGGCAUCGAUUCGACUGGCAGCGAACUGUCCAUCGCUUUUAAGCUGGAAUAUGCAGCCGAAUUUGGUGCCGAGAAUUUGGACGACGAAGAAUUCCUUCAGGACUAUUUUCGUUGUAAAUUAAAGGGUGCUUCGCAAAUUCUUCGCCUCAGGAUGCGUGCAUAUGUUAGACAGGAUGAAUUAAAAACAUUGUAUUUCGAUGAUCGUAUACCAUCAGUGCAGGAGGCAUUUCGUGGCAUAGAUGAGCAUCUGGUGCUUGUGUAUCACAUUGUACAGAAACGAAUACCAGCUUCAUUCGGGCCAAAAAAGAACAAUGAGCAGAAAGACGGCAAAAAUAAUGAUCUGCCUUCUACUGUGGAUAUCGUAUCCACGCGGAGUACUGUAUCUUCCGAUUUGACAAUAGAUACUGCCAAACGCGAUGCACCGGCGAAGCAACAACCACCGGCUGACGAUAUUUUCGGUGAACCGGUGCCCGAAUUUGCAAGAGUCGAACGAAAUACUCCUACGGGUCAUCCGCCAAGACGGGGCAGAAAAAGGCCGAGAGGGAAUUUCAGAAGAGGCGCCAGAGCUUAUAACCCGAAGCGUUCGAGAUUCGUGGAUUUCGAUGCGCCAUCCUCUCAGGGCUUAUGA